GCUACAGCAUACACGCACACAGCCAUCGUGUGAACGCGCUGAGUAGGUUACCAUGGAUACCAGCAGCCCUAGCUAGCGUAGCUUGACUAGCAGGCUGGUUUCCCAGCUUCAGAGCAGCGGAGCGUGUGUUUGCGGCUCGGCGCGGCUCGGCGCGGCUCGGCUCAUCAUGGGGGGCGGUGUGGAGGAGGUGGCGGCUGCUGUGGUGCGGGAAUUUCUCAGCAGGAAGGGUCUGAAAAAAACCAUCGCCUGCAUGGAUGAAGAGCUUCCACGGACCAACUCGAGCAUAAACAACCGCUCGGAGCUGUGCCGAGUGCUUCACUUAGAGACUCUGUACAAGAAGAAUAAGUGUGAAGAACAGCCGCUGAAAACGAUGCUGGAGAUCAUGACGAAGGAGCGGAUGAUGAAGAAGGGCGGAGACGUUAAAAGGCGCCCGAGCGAAGGGGAUCAAAGCAUGGAGCAGAACUCGCCAAAAGCCGCUGAUGAGGAUGUGAGGAGGGGAAAAGACCUCACACAGCUGCACACGGAUGAGAUGAGGUUAUCUGAGACGAGCGCCGUGUCCCAGCUCAGCUCCUUAUCUUCAGCAGGAAACCUCAACGCCACGUCAGCUCCAGCAGGCCUGGGCUCGGAGCAGAAGAGCGGAGGUGGGGACGGCCAGGCGAGCAGGGGCAGCAGAAUGAGGAGAGGCAUCAUGGCAGGUCCGAUUGUUGCCUCAUCUCAGGAAAACACCAAGAGACGUCCUGCCAGAAAGACGGCGCUGUCUGCAUCUCGAACGCCCAAAAACGAAGACGAGGAUCCAGCCGGAGCGAACCGGAGGAGCCGCAGCAGCAGCACGGACGCUUCACACGGCAAACCUGACGAGCGAGAAAACACGGUGUCGAGCAGACAGAGCAACGGAACGGACAGAACGGCGAGACUUCGAGCUCACAAGAGUGAAUCAGCACCUGGACUGGAUGCUCUUCACAUAGCUGGAUUAGUUCUGGAUGAUGUAGACGAUCAGGACGUUUCAGUCGGACUGGCCGCUGUUCCGAAUAAUAAUAAUGUCUCGCGUCAGCAUGACUGGAAUAAACGUCCCAUGGACCAGAAAACAGCAACUGCGCUGAAGGAGCUCAUCUUCGGCUCCCCGGCGGCCUGCUUCAGCGAGGAGUGGAGGUGUCAGAGCUUCACCUUCUCCAACAGACCCGCGCUGAGAUACGGCAUCGUGCAGAAGAAGGGCGGGCCGUGUGGCGUGCUCGCUGCCGUUCAGGCCACCGUUCUCCAGAAACUUCUGUUCGAAAGACCCAGCAGUGACGCACUUUCUGAGAAACUGUCCGACGCGGUGAGGACGAAGUGCCUGACGGACGCCUUGGCUGGAAUCCUGUGGAGAGCCGCAGACAGGAAGAGCGUCACCGUCGCCAUAAACUCAGGGCGGAGUCACUUCACCCCUGUGGGCCACUACAGAGCUGACGACGUUCUGGAGAUGCAGAUCGACUGCGUGGAAGUUCAGAGCUUUGAUGACUUAAAGCUGCUGAUCGAACAGCACAUCCAUCAGUUUGAGUCGGGUCCGUUCGGCUGCGUCUUGCUCAUCAUCUCUGCCGUCCUGUCCAGAACGAUUCCGAUGGUGAGAGAGGACAUGGACGUCCCUACUUCCACUCUGAUUGGCGCACACGGCUACUGCACGCAGGAGCUGGUAAACCUGCUGCUUUGUGGCCGCGCCGUUUCAAAUGUCUUCGAUAACGAGAUGAAACUCGACUCAGGAAAUGGGAAUUUCACCCUGCUGAAGGGGAUCCGAGCGCGCUGCGACAUCGGACUGCUGUCUUUAUACGAGCAUUAUAACAUAUGUAAGGUCGGCUCUUACCUGAAGAACCCGAGGUUUCCGAUCUGGAUGGUGUGCAGCGAGAGUCACUUCAGCGUCCUGUUCUCGCUGUGUGAUCUGACAUCCAGCCGCCGGAGCUCGCGAGAGUUUGACCUGCAUUACUACGAUGGCCUGGCCAACCAGCAAGAACCAAUCAGAUUAACAGUGUAUCCAGACUCGGCUGUAAAGAUGCUGGGUCCUGAGGACGUGGAUUCGGACCUCAUACCUCCGCUGGAGCUCUGCAUCAGGACCAGAUGGACAGACGCAGCUGUGAGCUGGAACGAAAGCGAGCCCAUCCUCUGAUCUGUGGCUCGAUCAGGACGAUGAUCUCAGUUCCUCACCACCUUUUAUUGCAUUUUCAUUUAUACUACAUCAGCACACAGUAUUCAGUUUCUUUUUAUUGCUUAUUUAUUAAAAUAGUUUGCUCUGUUUCCUC